GCGUAAUUUCAACAGAUAUCUGAUAGUGGAUGGGCGUCCUGUUUAUCUGAUUGGGUCCAAGAUACUCAUCUGCUUUAUGGUCUUUGAUAUUCUUCUCAACGCUUCAAGUUUUGCUUUCCCUAACUGAUGGAGGAUGACUUACAACGUAAAGUCAUCAAACAGCGUUUAAAGCAGUUUUAUGGAAGUAAUACAAACAACUCACUGGUUGAUCAGAAUGAUCCUUUAAAUAUUGACAGUCCAUCCUUCGAUCCACAGUUGUACUUGGAUAAAAGUCUUAAGACGAAAGACCUUUCUGAUCUAAUAUCAGAAGAAAAGACCCUAACCGAUCAAAUUCGCAGUCUGGAUUCCGACAUGCAAACACUAGUAUAUGACAACUACAGCAAAUUCAUUAGUGCAACCGACACCAUUAGAAUGAUGAAAUCUAAUUUCAGUUACGUCCAGGCCGAAAUGAAUUCAUUACUCCAAAAUAUUGCCUCCAUUGUUUCAGUUUCUGGUACGAUUAAUGGAAAUUUAGCUGACAAGAGAAAGAAACUGGGCACACUGACAACUACCCAGUUGACUCUAAACAAAGUAAAAUCAAAAUUUUGAGUAGAACUAACUAAAGUAAUGUUUCUAGCUAAACUACUUAGUUGAACUCCCAGUCAGCUUAAGGAAAUAUAUGAACAAGUGUGAUUGGGAUCAAAUUGUACUUGACCUUAAUAAAGCGAAAUACAUUUUAAAGAGUUAUCACAAUACUCCAUCUUUUAAGAAUAUUCGAGAGGACUGCGCUGAGAUAGUAUUGGAAAUUUGUUCGAAACUAUGGCGUCAAUUUGAUGAGUCUGUAAGUCGUUGAUUCUAUAACUAUUUUCCAGAACGAUAUAGCUGAGUGUUCUAAUCGUCUAAAAAUUCUGCAGCAGCUUGGUUUCUCGAGACGAAAAUUGUCAAGAGCGAUAUUACGUUUGUGGGUAACAUUUUAAUUUUACUUGUUAGAUUUUUGCCUAUCAUGCUAUGUUAUACAACUGAGUAUUCACGCAAAUUUUGGUUUGACGGGCUUUGUUAACAUUUAGGGACUAAAGGUAUCCAUGGCUCUAUAAAAUAAAACUCUGAGCUAACAAACACUCAUGUUCAAACUGAUUACUAGCAUUAAGAUAUCUUGUACAAUAAUUUCUUCCAGAUGUGUGCCGUUGGGAGAAACGUUUAAGUAGAUGCUAUUCGCAUUAAUUCAGUGCGUUAUAAGAUGUAGCUAAGUUUAUCCCACCGUCCUAUGAUGUAAGUUUGUUAAAAUUAUCGUACGACUUUCGGUUUUGUUUGACUAACUGGCCUUCAAUUUUUUGAGGCUUGUUUUUCUAACGAAGGUUGUAUUUACUAUCGGUUUUACACUAAUGGACAAGUUAUUCUUUCUUUUCAGGGCUAAACGUCAAGUAUCUCAACGUUUAGCUUAUAUUAAGACUUUGGUGUGUGAAGGAGACAAGCGAAGUGUUCAGAAAGAAGAAACUGUUGGUUCUACUGAAAACAUUGCGAAUCCAUUUGUCCAAGAGUCUUCCUCUGAAGAAAUGGACGUGCUAUACUUCGCCAAUCUCAUAACGGAUUCUGUCCUCAUUAAGCUUUCUGAAUUUAUUGGACUACUGGCCGAUUUUUAUUUCACAAAGUCAGAUGAAAGUGAACCUAUGGAUACUAUUUUGGAUGUUAUUUCUGGCAAAACAGAAAAUAGUGCCUCAGAAAUCGAUGAUGGUUCUUUUGAGGAGAAUUUGUCAAGUUUAAUUGAAGAACUGAUGCAUGAAUUUUUUAUUUUGGUUCGAACUCGUUUUGAAUCGGAGAGCACAAGUAAUGAUGUCAGUUUAUUGAUAAGAGCUUUGGAUCGUAUCCACUGUCGAGUACAGACCUUUAAUCGGUCACUGUUAACAUCAGUUACUUCUGUAGAUUUUGAAGGUGUGCUAUUGGAUGAUUUAAGUCCUGAAUCGCUGUCUAUAAUGAAUCGAUUCUCUUUACUUACUAAUCAGUUUUCAAACUCGGCUCUGGAAAUAAUUAAUCAAGUUGCUCGAAUGCAAACUACUUAUUACUUUGAUAUAUUAUGCCAAAAUGCAGUUGAAUCAUUUACGGAUCUCCGACAUAAACUGGCUAGUCAUGGACUACAAACAUCCAAUUCAGCUAAUGAAGAAGUCAACAAAGUGAACAAGAUGGGAAAUAACAAUCAUCAACUUUCAUCACUUUUAGAUGCUCUCAGUUCGUCACUUGUUUCACAGUUGCGCAAUGUACUAAAAGCGGAGGAGGCUUUUCUUAGUACUAAUAGUACAUUUUCUAGUAGACCACAAUUUCGUAAUUCAUUUUGCAUUGAUCAAAUUAGGGAGGGACUUAUCGUUGGUUACUUAAAUUUUCUUGUUCAAUUUCUUAGUGAUCUAGCGAAGACAGCUGUAUGCAAAAUUCCGGGUCCUAUUUUACUAACACUUGGAAAAUUAUGUUUAAUGUGGGCUGAUUCUGGUACAGUUGGACAUCUGAUUUCUCUGGCUGACGAUUUUAUGCUUUUCGGCUCACAAACAAAAGAAUCAAAAAAGGAAGAUUUUAAUACAGAGAAUGGUAAUAGAUCACUCACUACUCCAAAAGAUGUAUCAAAUCGUUUCAGGUCUACUGGUAACGAGCUUCUAGUUGCUUUUGUUCGCUUAGAAGGUACAAAUUUGGCACAACUGCUUCGAAAAAGUGUUGAAGCAAGAGAUUGGCUGAAAAAUUUGGAACCACGUACAGUUCGUUCUGCAGUUAAAAGAGUGAUAGAAGAUUUAGCAUCACUAGAUCAACAAGUCAGCCAGCUGUUUUCAUCAAAUACUCGUAAUCGUGAUCGUAUUUCUGAUUCACGUUCCAGUCGUAGUCUACGACCUAGCACUUCAUCACAUCUUAUAGACGCUACACGAACUGGAAGUUCAAGUCAAGGAUUUCAUUCUCCUGACUUAGAUCCAACUCUAGCUACUCAUUUACGCCGUUUAUUUACGCAAAGAGUUGAUAUUUUUACUGCAGUUGACGCGAAUCGGGAAUCACUACUUUUGGGUGUCAUUAAAAUAGGUUUAAAGACUUUGAUAGAGUGUGCACGUUUACAAACAUUUGGUCGUUACGGUCUACAACAAAUACAAGUUGAUUGCCGAUAUUUACAAAUUCAUUUGUGGCAUUUUGUAAAUGAUGAAAAGCUUAUUUGUAUGUUACUAGAAGAUGUGAUCUACAGUGUUGUUCAGCGUUGCGUUGAUCCAUGUUUCAUGGAAGAGAGUGUUGUCGAAGCGAUUUGUGAUCGAGCAUAAAGUUACUUAAUUAUUGCUUAAUUCUUGAUAAUAACCGUUUUUUUUCUCUCGACUUGAAGAAAAUAAUCAGUGUGUAGCUCCUCUUUUUUGGUGAUAUUCUUUCAUUAAUGAUUGUGGGAUAUUUUCAUCCGUUUAUUAUUAUUAUUAUUCUCAUCAUUAUUGAAUAAUGAUCCGUUCUCCCUUGGUGUAGGGAAAGUUAAAUUUUAAAAUUCUAAUUGUAAAUUAUUUGUCAUAUCGAAAUGUUACAAAUUCCUGUCUUUUUUAUUUAUCACUUUUGUACUGAGAAUUGUUUAGCUGUGUUUUCCGAUACUUCAAUGUGAUGCUUUUUGUUUUAUAAAUGUUCACUAUCUAACUUAUUGUUUGAUGUUAGUUUUAAUUUUCGUACAUAUUUACUAAUUUUUGUUGUUGUCGAUACAAUAAACCUUUAUGGUCUCACUU